UGCUUUGGAGCUCCGGCUCACCUGGUGUUGAAAUCAAACGCGUCGAAGAGGCGUACCUGAUAUUAGCUUGAAACAAGCUAUGUUUCUUUCGAAAUAUAAACAGCUGUUUUCAGUAUAGGUUGUGAUGUGUGACAGGUGUUUUUUAAGCUAAACUUUGUACGAGCGACGCCUCCACUUGUUCGUAGAAGCUUCACGAGCGGAAAUAGUGAUUUAUUUUUACAUUUGCUGCUCGUUUUGGUCUAAAACACAGGAACUAAUGGCUACCAGCGCCAAGAGGCCCUCCCUGCAGGGUCCAGUACCCCCUCCGCGCAAGAAGACAGCCCCCAAGCUGGAACUGAAUGAGGAGCAGAAGCAGGAGAUCAGGGAGGCCUUCGAGCUGUUUGAUACUGAUAGUUCUGGAAUCAUUGACGUGAGGGAGCUCAAGGUCGCAAUGAGAGCUCUGGGGUUUGAACCGAAGAAGGAGGAGAUCAGGAAGAUGAUUGCAGAGGUGGAUAAAAACGGCACAGGCAAAAUCUCCUUUGCAGACUUUCUGGCAGUCAUGACUCAGAAAAUGGCUGACAAGGAUUCUAAAGAGGAGAUCCUAAAAGCUUUCCGUCUCUUUGAUGACGACGAGACAGGCAAGAUCUCUUUCAAGAACUUGAAGAGAGUUGCCAAGGAGCUCGGAGAAAACCUUACAGAUCAGGAGCUGCAGGAAAUGAUCGAUGAGGCCGACCGGGAUGAAGAUGGAGAAGUGAGCGAGGAAGAGUUCUUGCGUAUCAUGAAGAAAACCUGCCUGUACUGAAGAAGCUCUGUGACUUUUAAGCUGGUGUUGCAGUCAGUGAGACCAGAGGAGGGGGGGAGGGGCUUUGUGUACAAUGCUGCUCAUACACGAGUGUCUUGCAAAACCAUUUUUAUCCAGAUUUAUUCACAAAAAUGCUCAAAUCACAUAAUAUCCUUAUUUAUUGCUAUAAUUAUUUGAAUUAGUCGCUGCAGACCUUUGACAGCCGUCCAUUUAUAGCGAAGGGUUUCUCUCUGUGGCAAACAUGAUUCAUGCCAGUGCUAGUUACUGGUAGAACAGGUGCAUCUACAGAUUAGCUGUUAUUGUGUAACUCAGCUUUUCAAUGAGUUUAUAGAAAUGCCCGUGGUGAACCUCGGAUGAACGGGGAGUGCUCUCUACUCUGUGCUGCCUCUGGAUCUAAGGUGCGACCAUCCCAAUCAGGGAAGCUGCCUACAAACCCCUCGGCUCCCACCACCUCCAAGCUUUGAAUGGUGAUAUAUUUAUCUGCAUCUUUGUUGUGCAUAUUUCCUCUUCUGUUUUUGUAUAUUGUGCAUUGAUGAGUGAUUAUACAUGUCAGAGUAGUGUUUACAGACCAGAUUAAAUAUAUUAAAGCA